AACAAAAUUGGUUGACUAGAAUGCUUGAGGGUUGUCAGGAUGUAUUAAUUGGUUUGCCCUUAAUUUUUCAGACUGCUGAUCUUACCAAUGCCAACUUAGAAGGAGCUAAUCUGGAAGGAGCAAAUCUAAAGGGUGCAAAGUUGAGUAAGGCCAAUUUGAAGGGUGCAAACCUUCAACGAGCUUACCUACGGCAGGUCAAUCUUCGUGAUGCAUCUAUGGAAGGCGCAAAGCUCAAUGGUGCAAAUAUGAUGGGAGCAAUCAGAUGACGUUGAAAUGAGAUUGGAGCCGGAGCCGGAGCCGGAGCCAUAAAAUUUGAUAAGAGGUUAAUAACACUACUCUUGUGAAUAAACCUAUUUCCCUACUUGCGCUUUCCCUCUCUCUUAUUUGUGUGUGGCCCUUGGGGUAAAUCUGGACCAACAGCCCCCUUAUAUGUUAAUAGUGUGUAAUAAUGAUUAUAGGUGUUGGGUAUUUUCUAAUGAUUUACAACCAGACCCACCAGCGCAUAUUAAGGAAAAUUGAAAAUGGAAUGACAAGGGUGUCAUCCUAAUAAUUAUCCACAGUGGCAACGAAAUAAAAGACCUAUUACUUUUACUUUC